GACGAACACCUCAUCAAACUUGUCAUUAAGUUGGGUGAAAAAGGGGUUAUAUCAAGAAAGAUAAAAUGAAUGCGUCAGUUAAAAUCGAAUAUUUUGAAAGUCAGUUUCUUUGGGAAUGAAAUUAAGUUAAUGGGCACGAUGUAUGUCUGUUUGGUUGUUCUUUUCUCACUAAUUUACUCGAUCUUGGGUACCGAAUUAACUUUCGAACUGACGGAUAAUGGAAAAGAGUGUUUUUAUGAGGAAAUUAGGGCUAAUACAACAGCUACAUUAGAAUAUCAGGUCGUCACAGGAGGCCAGUAUGAUGUAGAUGUAGUAUUAGAAGACCCGAGGAGGAAUGUUCUUUACCAACAAGCAAAAAUGCAAUUUGAUUCCCACACUUUUACUGCCCAAACAACUGGGAUAUAUUCUGCAUGUUUUAGCAAUGAAUUUUCAACGUUUUCCCAUAAACUUGUUUAUAUGGAUUUUCAAGUUGGAGAAGAAGAGCCAUUGCCAGGAAUUAGCAACCAUAUUACUGCAUUAACACAGAUGGAGUCAUCUGCGGUUGAUAUUCACAAAUAUCUUAAUGUGAUAAUAGAUCUACAAACUCACCAUAGGCUUCGGGAAGCACAAGGCAGGAAGCGUGCGGAGGAUUUGAAUGAAAGAGUGCUAUGGUGGUCUAUUCUUGAGUCUGUGGCAAUAGUGACAAUUAUGGUUUCACAGGUGUUUAUUUUGAAAAACUUCUUUACUGAUAAGAAACCAUUAGUGAGUCGAUAAGACUUGUGUAAAAUGUAAUUUAACUGUGUUAUAAAGUGUAAAUGGUGGUAUAAGUGGAACAGAUUAGCAAAAUUAAAAACUAUUUGUUUCAAUAAGUUAUUGAUUGCAAACGACUUUGUAUAGAUUUUGUGGUAUCUAAUCCUGUAAUAAAAG